CCAUCACUUCCCUUUGCCAACAUUAAAAGGAGAACCAACUCACCCCAGUCCCUGUCGAAGAAGCGGAUCAGGUAACCGAUACAACGAUAUAUUUCAUACCAUAAUCAACAAGAAACGAAUCAGCAGAGUAUCGAGUGACGAGAAGCGACACCGCUGAAGCAAAAUGGCCGACGCCUACGAACGUGAACAACAAAACAAUGCGCUCCUGAACUCCCUCUCGUCGAAGGUCUCCGCGCUGAAGUCCGUUACGAUUGAUAUCUAUGAUAAUGCGAGGGAUCAGGAUACGUUGGAUCAUUCGAAUCAAGUCUUCUCCUCCCUCUCCACGAAUCUGAAAGGUAGCGCGAGCCGUUUAACCCGUAUGGCGCGGCAAGGUGAUACUGUUGCGGUGUUGAAGGUCGCGGGAAUUGUAGUGACGGUUGCGGUGGCGAUUUGGAUUAUUCUGGGGUGGAUUUUCUGAUUUGAUUUGAUACCGCAGUGGUGUGUUGGUGAUGAUGAUGGUAUGGUGAUUUUAUAUUGUCGACUGGCUGGAGGAUGGGUAGGUGGGUAUAGGUUGCAUCUGGGGUAUUGACUCGCGGGCGAGUUGAUACACUACCCACCUGCCUACUCGCCACCUGCAUACUUAUUUUAUUUUCUUAAUCACUUAGUUCAUAUUAUUAUAUGGGAACGCGAGGCGGGUGGUUUGCGUUGCGAUGUGCAUAGCUUGUGUUUGACUUGUAUUAGUGGCUAGGAAGGGACUGUCUAGAAGAAUGUAUCUGUAUAGAUCUGGG